AUGAUUUUCAAGUAUUGUUGUAUAGUAUCACGAGUGAUAAGUUGCGAGUACCAUUUUUAGGAUGAGAAAAGACCGAAUAGAGUAACUUAUCAUCUUAAUUAAUUUGGUUCACAUAGUACUUCUGAUGUGAAGGAUAACCUUCAACACAAUAUUGAAACAAGAAGCAGUGAUGACAGUAUUGAAUAAUAAUUAAGUUCAAUCAUUAAGAAAAUAGAAGGAUAAAUAUUUUGGAUGUUUACGACAUUAAUAAAAGAAGCACAUGUAUUAGACAGGCACGCAUGUGAUGUAAUUUAUGCAUUGCUAAUGCUUUUCCUGACAUCCAUAACAAUUUAGGGAAGAAGUUUAUUAGCGCGAAAUCUACUUCGUCAUUUUUGUAUUUUGCUUUAGUUUAGACAAUGCGCAUAUUAUAAGGAACAACAUUAAUAGCCUGGUCUCAUAAAUACAUCAAGAAAGAUAUUAAAUCAAAAAUUGAUAAAGUCCCCUUAAUCUACAUGUUAAUGUGGAGUCUUUGCUGCUUUCAGUACAUCCAUACACUCAACACUAACUGUAAAACAAACUGAUUGCUUAGUUCUGCAAUUAUUAUCCUAUUGUCGAUAAAAAUUAUACUGA